GCAGACCUUUUGAUAGUGCUGCAGAUGGUUAUUCGCGUAGCGAAACGGUGGCAAUGAUAUAUCUUCAAAAGGCGAAGAAUGCAAAGAGGAUUUAUGCCAUAUGUCCGCAUAUUAAAUUAAACAAUGACGGUUUUAAAGAAGAAGGAAUAACAUAUCCAUCAUCGCUUAUGCAAAGUACUUUACUAACAGAAUUUUACAAUGAGUGCAAAAUACCACCUUCUUGCUUAGAUUACAUGGAAGCACAUGGUACCGGUACCAAAGCAGGCGAUCCUCCGGAAAUCAAGUCUUUCGUUGAUGUAUUAUGUAAGAAUAGAAAAACUCCAUUAAUGAUUGGCUCCGUAAAAUCUAAUCUCGGUCAUGCUGAAGCUGCGAGUGGUUUUACUCAAAUAGCUAAGGUAAUAAAAUAA